UUCUGUCUGGUUCCUCCGGCAAAUUCAUAGUGACUUUUUGUCCAAUACAUCUUACAGACAGUGAGAACAAACACAAUGACAUCCCACACCGUCCAGGGGAGCUCCACCAGCCUCGAAAGCAUCCGAAUCAUCGAUCAUCUUUUUGGUAUCCUCGAAGAGUACGGUCAAGGAGAUUACAUUGGCGAGUCUAUUUCACAAAUAGAGCAUUGUCUUCAAGCAGCGUACUGCGCUAAACAGGCCGGCUCAAACGAUGCAACGGUAUUGGCUGCUCUCUUUCAUGAUUGCGGUCAAAUACUUCCCAAACAUAUCCUCGAUGCUCAAAUCCACUCCUCUUCGUUUUUGAAGUUCAACCCUUCAUCUCCAGAAAUAGGCACUAACAUGCUUCUUCCCUCGGGUGAAUCAGUGGGGAAACACGGACAUGACAUAAUUGGUGGGCUCUACCUCGCUUCCCUAGGAUUCCCGCCUGAGGUGUGGGAGUUGGUCCGAGACCAUGUCGUUGCCAAAAGAUAUCUUACUGCUGUCGAAGAAGGGUAUCACCAUGCAUUGAGUGAAGCCAGUAAGCUUAGCCUCGGUUUCCAGGGCGGCCCGUUCUCGCAUUCCGAGAUCAAGAAUUUUGAGCAAGACCCACUUUUCUUCGAGAAGGUGCAGAUGCGACGAUUUGAUGAUGCUGCAAAGAUUGUUGGUGCUCGGGUACCUCCCCUUGCCUCUUAUAAAGAUCUUGCAAUGAGAUGGUUGCAGAAGGGAUAGAGUAUUUGUUGGAUUAUAAGCUCACUAAGUCCUUUUCCGCCGAAUUAACCCAGCUACCUUUUCUUCAAACAACUGCGAGCUUCAUCUGGCACAACCAACCCAAUUAGGAAUAUCUACUAACAUCACCUUAGUCCCAUCAUUUAUUCGCAGACGAAUAGUUAGUAUUUCAUGCCGCCACUCCAUCAAUCUUUAGCAUCAUAUCGUCCUA